AUGAAUCACGAAGAGAAUAAAAUUAUGGCUCACCGGCAGCAUGUGAAAUAUUUUAUGAGAUUUCUGAACAUUUUACCUUCGUCAUUGUCGUCACAUGAUACUACCAGAGUAACAAUUGCAUAUUUCUCUGUGUCUGGGCUAGAUGUUCUUGGUGCGAUAUCAACAGUGUCUUUGGAUCUAAGGACGAGAAUAAUAGAAUGGAUUUAUAGACUUCAAGUACAUCCAGAUAAGAAUAAUGGCGACAUGUCGAUGUGCGGUUUCCAAGGGUCUUCAACAAUAAAUAUAGAUUUGGAUCCCCCCAACAAUCACUAUCGUUGCGGACAUCUAGCUAUGACGUAUACCGGCCUUUGUAUCCUGCUUGCAAUGGGUGAUGACCUCUCUAGGGUCAAUAGAAAAGCUUUAGUGGCUGGUGUAAAAGCUCUGCAAACGGACGAGGGUAACUUCGCAGCCACGCUGUCUGGCUGCGAGUCCGACAUGCGCUUCGUGUAUUGCGCGGCGUGCGUGAGCUACAUACUCAAUGAUUGGUCCGGAUUCAAUAUUGAGAAGGCUACAGACUAUAUCAUUAAAUCUAUAGGCUACGACUACGGCAUCGCUCAAUGUCCGGAGUUAGAAUCGCACGGCGGCACGACCUUCUGUGCCUUAGCCACGUUGAGCCUUACGAACCAACUACACAAGCUAUCAGAACAACAAGUGGAAGGCCUGAAGCGGUGGCUUCUCUUCAGACAAGUCGAUGGCUUCCAGGGCAGACCUAACAAGCCAGUCGAUACGUGCUACAGUUUCUGGGUAGGAGCGUCUUUGAAAAUACUAGAUAUGCUACAAUACUCCAACUAUGGAGCCAACAGGAGGUAUGUCUAUGAGACUCAAGACAUAGUAGUAGGCGGAUUCUCCAAAUGGCCAGACACGUGCACAGACCCCAUGCAUACAUAUCUAGGCCUUGCUGGCCUCAGUUUAAUAGGCGAAAGCGGAUUAUUGGAGAUAGAACCGACGCUAAACAUAACUAAAAGGGCGUACGAACAUCUGAAGUCUUUACACGCGAAGUGGGACAAUGAAGAUCUCCAUGUUUUAUGA